AUGAAAUCGACCGACGAUACUAAAGAUGAAACUAAUGGUAUCGAUUACAGUAAACCACAUAACGGUAAACCUAUUAUGGGGAUAGAAGUAUCACCAAAUGGAAAAUAUGAUCUUGUUAGUUACGAUGAUCGUUCAAUUAUCGGAUGGAAUCUUAUGAAUUUGUUUAUUGGAUUAUUCAAUAUGGCAAUCGAAAAGGAUAAUAAUAGAAUUUCAUAUUUAAUGCAGAAGGCGGAGAUUUUAGCUGAAAUUGAAUUGUUUUAUCUAUUGCCACAUCAAAGACGUUGGCAUACAUGGUUUCCUGAAGUAAUGUAA